AAACGUUGUGAAAUCGCGUAUUAUCUAUGUAGUUAAUUAAUACUUAUCGAGCAUAUGAAUAAAAAAUCUAGAUAAUCGUUAAAUCUAGUUUUUGUUCUGAUUUCGCGCCUCUAAAUUUGUCGCCAGCGCCGGGAAGUUAUUCAAAUCAGUUCGUCAGUACCUACAAUAAUUGCUGGAAAUGUUGGGCACUUGAGAGAGGCGUGCCAAAUUUUUCUCACAUCCAGAAAUCCUUUAGAAACAGCCAAGCUUCAGAAACUUAUGCAAGGGUCUCAGGAUUGGUCAAAUUUGAAGAAAAUCUGUUCAAGAUUAUUUAUAAUGAAAGUUGUAGCCAGUCAUCUAGUAAUGUUCAAUUUCUUCCCGCCUACAUACAGACUUAUUUCAUAUUGAUCAUGCCUAUCAAUGAAGAAACAUAUUUUUGACAUCGGCAGAAAUCACCAGACACUUCAGAGAGAACGAUUGCAUGCACCCAAAGAGUAAGAGUAAUUACUCAAGAUUUAUUCAAUAUCUUCAAAAAGUUGACCAAGUAUUGACGCUAUCAUAUUGCACCUAUUCAUCCAUUAAUGAUUUCGUGCGCAAUGUGCUUCAGACAAAAAUCAUUAGUUUUUUUGGCGAUUUUCAUUUUGAGUUUUAUAACAAAAAAUAUUGCAUUACUCCACGUAAACAAUACAUUUAAUUCUCCUGAUGGAACGCUUUUUAAUGGUCUAGUGGUAGAUAAAUUUAAAGGAAAUGUUUUCAUAGGCGGAAUCAACAGAUUGUAUCAGCUAUCACCCAAUUUAGAAUUGAAAGUCAAGAAGAAAGUUGAUAAUCAAAAUAAAAUAUUGCUCAUCGAUUAUGUAAAUUCACGAUUGAUAUCAUGUGGCGAUAAUCAGGGCGGUUGUGACAUAUAUGAUCAUACAAAUAUAAGUAACAAACUAUUUUCCAUCGCCGAACCAGUAGUCACUAAGGAUGAAAAUACAUCCUCUACUGCAUUCAUUGCAUACCAUGAGCCAACGAAAAAGGCGUCAUCAUUGAGACUUUAUGUGGGUGUCACAUAUAAUGGUAACUCUGCUAAUCGAUCUAAGCUACCAGUCAUUGCUGCCAGAAGUUUGGUAAAGAAUAGUUCACUCAAAAUCAAUACUACAAACAUUUCAGUAAAUCCCCGAUAUCAGGACACGUACGUUGUAAAUCAUGUAUAUGGGUUCAACUCCGGACCAUGCAAAUAUUUUCUAACUACGCAGAAAAAUUCAACAACUCCUUCAUUUUCUUAUGUCUCAAAAAUAAUACGAAUAUGUGAUGGAAAUGCUAAUCUGUACAUGGAGAUUCCAAUCCAAUGCAUUGAUAAGAAACACAAGGUUUAUAAUUUGGUGCAAACCGGGUUUUUUGGCAAACCGGGCCUAGACUUAGCUAAUGCCUUGGAUAUCGAGUUGCAAGAUGACGUGCUUUUUGCAGUUUUUGCCCCAAGUGAAAAAUCAGUAGGGGAAGAUUCGGAUAAACCGAGUAAUCACAGCGCAUUGUGUGUAUUUUCACUGCAGACUAUCAACAAUAAAUUCGUUCAGAAUAUGCAACAAUGUGUGACUGGAAAAGGAUAUCACGGGUGGCAAUCUAUGCCAUUAGAUCAACCAUGCACUGUAAAGAAUGAUGAUACUUUUGAUGCAAAUUCUUGCUGGGAAAAUGUGAAUAUGUCUCUCAGUGGUGUCAAACCAAUAUUUAAGAUGGCAUCGAUAACAUUGGACAUGAUUUUAACAGCCAUCAAUGUCACAUCUAUUGAUAGAUUCACAGUUGUGUUCGCUGGAACAAAUACUGGUCAUUUAAAAAAACUUGUAGUAAAACAUUCAUGUUCAGCUGCAGAAUAUCAUGAUGAGGCAAUUGAAGAAAAAUCUAGAGUACAUUCUAUACAACUAGAUCCAAAGGGAGAACAUAUGUAUAUUUUGACUAAUUACAAAUUAAGUAAGAUCAAAGUACACAACUGCCAUGUGCUCCAAACUGAUGCAGACUGUUUGGAAGCUCAUGAUCCCUACUGUGGUUGGUGUAUGCGUGAGAAGAACUGCACUUUGUAUGAUGAAUGUAACACUGCAAAAAAUGAUUCAUCAUUAUGGGUUCCAUAUGAUUUUAAAACAGAUUUUUCAAAUGUGCAAAUCAAUCCAGAAUUCUUGCAAAGAAAUAAUUUCAAGGAUUUAGUUUUGCAAAUGCCAAACUUACCACCAUUCAAAGAUGUUCAUUGUGUAUUUACUUUCUCACAGAAUGAUUUCGCCAUCAAUGGCACUUCAGUUGAAGAGUUUGUCAUUAAUGGAACUGUAGUUAAUGAUAAAGUGCGCUGUCCUUCCCCCAAUUCAGAAUCACUACCAUGGGCAUCUACUAAGCCCAAAAUUAAAGGGAGGUUAAGCAUCAAAACUACCACAAUGUUGAAUAUUUUCAGCAAAAAAUAUACAUUUUUUGAUUGUAACUUCUUCACGUCUUGUAUAUCAUGCAUUGAUCAGUCAAAAUAUCAAUGUCAUUGGAAUGUAACAGAGUCUUCCUGUGUUUAUGAUUCAAUGCACAACUGCCAGCAUGAUAAUACCAAAUAUAAUGUAAUUUAUGAUCGUGAACAUUGUCCUAUUGUCAGUAUAAAGAGUGAUGGAUCACCAAAUGUUUUGAUUCCAAAUGGUUCUCCAAAGAUCAUCAAAGCUGAAAUUUGCAGAUCUAGCCAGUUCAAGCCAGAUUUCCCAUAUCAGUGUCAUUUCACAAUUGAAAACAAAACAAUAGUAGUGAAUGCAAAAUUACAAGGUAAAAUAAUAACAUGUGAAGAAACUGAUUUCACAUAUGCAUUUGAAACACCAAACAUACCUGUUACUUUUGCAGUCAUGAGAAACUACUCUAAGGAACCUAUAAGCGAGCCUGACACAAAAACAAUAAUCAUAUAUAAAUGCAGACUGAUGGCUAGUAACUAUAAGACAUGUUCAACUUUAGAUAAGAAAUAUGCCUGUGGUUGGUGUAAAAGUUCAAAUCAAUGUGAUGUAGAAACGUUCUGUGAUGUUGACUCUCCUUCAGAGUAUUGGUUAGGCUAUGAUGAAGUGUAUCCCAACUUGUCAAUUGUAUAUUUCACGCCUAAAUUUGGACCAUAUGACGGAGGCACUAAUGUAACAAUUCGAAAUCAUAACAUUGCCUGCCCAUUUAAUCAAAUUGAAGGCACUAUAACAGUUGCUGGUGCUAGCUGUGAACCAAUUAAUGAUUCCUGUGUUUCAAAUCAAUCAAUUAUGUGCCAUAUGAGUAGCACUAAAAUGCCACUCACUAAUACUACACAAGGUCCAGUUAUAGUUAGAACACAAGGUUACAGUAUUACAUCUGAAACAAAUUACACCAUUGUCAAUCCAAAAAUACACAAUUUCUCUCCAACACAAGGUCCAACAACAGGUGGUACCGAGCUGAUUGUUCAUGGUGAAUAUAUGAAUGCUGGAAAUAAAGUUGCAGUAUGGAUCAACGACUUGCCUUGUAUUGUAUUCUACAGAAAUUCCGAAAUGGUGAAAUGUCACACUAUUGCAACUAAAUGGAGAAUUAGAGGCCACAUCAGAGUGAAAUUUGGUGAUAUUUCUCGCAUGUUUGAUGAAUACCUUUACCAUUACAAGUUUGUGGAUGAUUUACCUAUUGGAAGCAACAAUGAAUUUCUGCCCCAAGGUACUCCACAUGGUGGUAAUCAUAUAUUAGUUCGUGAUGUAGAUUUGAGAUCAGUUUUCAGGGUGGUCAUUCGAGUAUAUUCACAAUCGAAUCAGAAAAAUUCAGCAAACUUUCAUGAUGGAGAAUGUAUAAAGGUUAAUGAUACUUUUAUGAAUUGUGUUUCACCACCUUUACCAGACAUUAAAAAUUGCUCAAUUGACUUUAAUGCAGUAGAAUAUCCAGUAUUUCUAUCUUAUAGCUUUUUGAGAAUUUUGCCAAAUAAUACUAUAGAAUCGUCAGUGCUUUUAAAUAGAAAAUAUCCCAAAUUCUUCUUGUACUGCCAGCCUGUGUUCAACCAUGCUUGGAUUAAGCAGCAACUAAACAAAUCACCAGAGAACACACCAUUUUUCUGGAAAAUAACUUGUGCAGCAGUAACAGCUCUCUUUUUUACCAUUUCAGUUCUACUGUUUUACAAGAGAUGGAAAAGAGGUAAUGUGAUGAAGGAAAUGCGAGGUGAACUGGAUAGAUUGGAGUUAUGUGUAGCUGCAGAAUGCAAAGAAGCAUUUGCAGAGUUGCAAACUGAAAUAUCUGAUUCGAGAAUUAGUGGCAUGCCAGAUACUUUACCUUUCUGGGACUAUCGCAUGUAUGUGAUGAAAGUUCUGUUUCCAAAUACCCACAAUCAUUCCAUCCUACUCUGUGAUACACCAGAACUGAUUGGCAAAGAAAAACAAUUGCGAUUAUUUCAUCAAUUGCUCACUAAUAAAACAUUUCUGGUACUUUACAUCAAAACAUUAGAAAGUUGUGAAAGUUUCUCCAUGAAUGAUCGAGUAUAUGUUGCCUCAAUGCUGAUGAUAAGUUUACAAAACGAAAUGGAAUAUUGCACCGAUAUCAUCAAAACGUUGCUAGAAUCAUUGAUAGACAAAUACUUGAGAGGUACCCAUCACCCUAAACUUUUGCUUCGUCGAUCUGAAAGUAUAGUAGAAAAAAUGCUUUCUGCAUGGUUAUCAUUCUUGCUGUAUAAAUUCCUUCAAGAAUGCGCGGGAAAACCAUUAUUCACAUUAUUCAAAGGAAUAAAACAACAAGUAAACAAAGGUCCUAUUGAUGAAAUUACCUCUGAAGCUCGAUACUCCCUGAGUGAAGAUAAACUCAUUCGACAGCAUAUUGACUAUUGUACCUUGACUGUCUAUGUCAGUGUGCCUCGAGUUACUGCUCUUGAUACUGGAUUAGAAUCGGCUGUGGAAAAUAUACCUAUCAUAAUGCUAGAUUGUGAUACAAUUUCCCAAGCUAAAGAGAAAGCUGUGAAUGGUAUAUAUUUUGCUAUUAAUUACAGCAAACGUCCCAAACCAGCCGAAUUAGAUUUCAUAUUGGUGACUGAUUCACCCAAUGGCAAAACUUUGAAAGACAUUGACGCUUCUUCUGAAAUUGAAGGAGAAUGGAGAAAGCGAAACACUUUGCAUCAUUAUGGAGUCACUGAUGGUAGUAAACUUAAUCUAGAGUUACUCAAAGAGGUGCCUUCUUGUCGGCCUUCAGUAAUAUCAUUCAAUGGAGAACGCGUGUUUUCAUGUGAAAAACUGAAAAGUUCCAUAAUUGAAUGCGCUAGUCCAAAAUUAUGCAGAGCAAAAUAUAAAUUGAUCCCAGAAAGUGAUGCAUAUUAUAAAGAGUGGCAUCUGGUAAAACCCAAUCAUAUCAAUGACCAUCAUGUAUAUCAAGAUGGCACUAAUAUGAUGUCAGAGAUUUACCUAACUAGGCUACUGUCCACCAAAUGUACAUUGCAAAAAUUCGUUGAUAAUUUAUUCGAAGUUAUAUUGAGCAAUAAACGUCAAAGCAGUUGUUUUCCAGUAGCUAUUAAAUACAUGUUUGAUUUUCUGGACGAUCAAGCCUCACAACACGCCAUCUCCGAUCCGGAAGUUGUGCACACUUGGAAAAAUAACUGCUUGCCUUUACGAUUUUGGGUGAACUUGAUUAAAAAUCCUGAUUUUUUAUUUGAUAUUCAUAAAUCAAGCAUAAUUGAUUCUUGUCUUAGUGUGGUCGCUCAAGCUUUUAUGGAUUCGUUUUCAGUUGGAGAACAUCGUCUGGGCAAAGAGUCACCUACUUCGAAAUUGCUCUAUGCCAAAGAUAUUCCGUUUUAUAAGGAGUGGGUGAAGAAAUAUUAUGCAGAUAAUAAAGCCAUGCCUGCUAUAACACGCGAGAGCAUAAAUUCAGUGUUGGCAAAAGAGUCGCAACUACAUUGUUUGGAUUUUAAUACAAACGCAGCCAUUUAUGAAUUAUACAAAUUUGCUUUGAAGUACAAAAAUCGAUUGAUUUCUGAAUUAAGGGAUGAUGAAUAUUCGCAGAAGUUUAAUUUAGCAGAAAAGCUGAAGCAAGUAUUAGAAGCAUUGACGACUAAUUGAGUGGCGUGGUUUUUGCGUAAAAUUCAAAAUAAUCAUUAUCGUGAGCUGAAAAAAUAUCAUUUUUGCGAAUCUACCUGAUUAAGCCAUUCGAUCCAGCAUCUCAAAUCGCACUUGGGACAGUUGGUUCAAAUUGUUCGAUUUUUGGUUCUCAGUGCUUGAAUUCAGAAAACCGCUUGUUUUCAAUAAUGAUUCUACUUCGUUUACCUCGGCUCCCAUCCCAAACCAUUAGGCUUCUGACUCAAGUGUACAACUUUGUACCUAUCUAUCGAAAUUUCAGUGAAACCGAUUUUUUUUCUUCGCCUCAACCGACAUAAUGUUACUUACAAGCAUUAAAAAUUUUAUUGUAUGCGUGUAAAUAUUCAUUUUUUGAUACUUGCAUAAAAAAUUUCAAUUCAAUAUUUCCUAUUAUGUAAUAAGGUAGUAUAUUAAGCACCCAAAUUUAAAUUAUAAGAAUUAUUAAAAUAGUUACGUAGACCUACGCUUUUUUUGAUAAAUUUUGAUAAAUAUAAAAUGACUAGGUACACAAUAUGAUAUUUAUUUAAGAUUGUAGUACAUAUCGUAGGUACUUACUGUAUAGUUUUUCUCGAGAUCCUGAGAUCCGUUUGUCAGAUUUUACUCAAGUACUUAUUUUUUUCUCUGAAAUAUUUUAAAAGCAUUUAAGCAUAAUUUCUGUAGAUAUUUUGAAUUGUUUCUA